AUGGGUUCUUCUAACGUAAUUCUAUCUGUGUUGUGUUUGUUCAUCAUAACAUUUUCAUCGACAAACAUCACGGUAGCUCGUGUUCGUUAUGAGCCAUCAAUCGUAGAUUCUCCUCGAGUAACUGUUCCUGGUGAUACUAGCUCAAUUCCAGAUUCUCCUCGAGUAACGGUUGUAGAUGCUAACUCUCCUACCGCUACUCCUACUGCCGAUACUAACUGUCCGACCACUCCUACUGCCGAUACAAACUGUCCGACUACUACUCCUACAACUGAUUCAAACUGCGCUACCGCUACAACUCCUACUGCCGAUACAAACUGUCCUACUACAACACCUACUCCUACAAUCGAUACAAACUGUCCUACCGCUGCAACUCCUACUACCGAUACAAACUGUCCUACUACAGCACCUACUCCUACAAUCGAUCCAAACUUCCCUACCGCUACUACUACUACUGAUACAAACUGUCCUACUACAACACCUACUCCUACAAUCGAUACAAACUGCCCUACCGCUGCAACUCCUACUACAGAUACAAACUGUCCUACUGCUACAACUCCCACCACCGACACAAACUGCCCUACCGGCGGUACAGCUCCUACAACGGAUACAGUUACCAUGGUUGAAAUCUCAGAAGAUGAUUCUGCUUAUAAUCUUCCAAUUAUACAUGGAGUGGCAUCACAAAUGGGACCUCCCCCUCCACGUCCACCGCGUUCUGGACAAGUGCAUGGACCAUCAGCAGGGACAGGGAGUAUCGCUGGCUCAUCUACACCAGCUUCUGAACCUUCACAUGCUUGUGUCGCAGGUAAAACAUUAGCUAAUAAUCCUAAUGCUGGUGUGAAGAGAUCAAAGGUAUGGGAUCACUAUGAUAUGUUCAGAGCGCUGAAUCUGGAAAUAUUUGCAUCCCUAUUCUCACAUUAUCUAAGUGUCAUCAUAUAUGCUGGAUCUGCUUCUUAA